GGGCUCGCGGCGAAAAAUAAAUAAAAUAAAGAAAACGGCAGGAGCGGCUCCAGCCGGCGGCGGCAGCGGCGGCGGCAGCAGGGCAGCGGCGGCGGCGGCAGCCGAGGCGGAGGCAGGCGGCAGGCAGGGUCCCCUCGCUCCCCGCUCGCCCCCGGCGCCCGGCCGGCCGCCUCCCCCCCGCCCCCCGCCUCUCUCCCCGGCAGCCCGCAGCGAGACGCGCCGCUCCCCAGCACUUUUUUGGGCCCGAGAUAUGGCAAUGGUAGUUAGCAGCUGGCGAGAUCCGCAGGAAGACGUGGCCGGGGGCACCCCGAGCGGCCCCAACCCCGCCGCGGCGCAGCCGGCCCGGGAGCAGCCGCCCCAGCAGCAGCAGGGGGGUUCGGCCGCCCCGCACACCCCGCAGACCCCCAGCCAGCCGGGACCCCCCUCCACGCCGGGCACGGCCGGGGACAAGGGAGCGGGCCAGCAAGGCUCGGGGCAGAGCCAGCAGCACAUCGAGUGCGUGGUGUGCGGGGACAAGUCCAGCGGCAAGCACUACGGCCAGUUCACCUGCGAGGGCUGCAAAAGUUUCUUCAAGAGGAGCGUCCGCAGGAACUUAACUUACACAUGCCGCGCCAACAGGAACUGUCCCAUCGACCAGCACCACCGCAACCAGUGCCAGUACUGCCGCCUCAAGAAGUGCCUCAAAGUGGGCAUGAGGCGGGAAGCGGUUCAGCGAGGAAGGAUGCCGCCCACCCAACCCAACCCCGGCCAGUACGCCCUGACCAACGGCGACCCCCUGAACGGCCACUGCUAUCUCUCGGGAUACAUCUCCCUGCUGCUGCGGGCCGAGCCCUACCCCACCUCCCGCUACGGCAGCCAGUGCAUGCAACCCAACAACAUCAUGGGCAUCGAGAACAUCUGCGAGCUGGCCGCCCGCCUGCUCUUCAGCGCCGUCGAGUGGGCCCGCAACAUCCCCUUCUUCCCCGACCUGCAGAUCACCGACCAGGUGGCCUUGCUGCGGCUCACCUGGAGCGAGCUCUUCGUCCUCAACGCUGCCCAGUGCUCCAUGCCCCUCCAUGUGGCCCCGCUCCUGGCCGCCGCCGGCCUCCACGCCUCCCCCAUGUCGGCCGACCGCGUCGUCGCCUUCAUGGACCACAUCCGCAUCUUCCAGGAGCAGGUGGAGAAGCUGAAGGCGCUGCACGUCGAUUCGGCCGAGUACAGCUGCCUGAAAGCCAUCGUCCUCUUCACCUCAGACGCCUGCGGCCUGUCGGAUGCAGCCCACAUCGAAAGCCUGCAGGAGAAAUCUCAGUGCGCGCUGGAGGAGUACGUGCGGAGCCAGUACCCCAACCAACCCAGCCGCUUCGGGAAGCUGCUGCUGCGGCUGCCCUCCCUGCGCACCGUCUCCUCCUCCGUCAUCGAGCAGCUCUUCUUCGUCCGCUUGGUAGGUAAAACCCCCAUCGAAACCCUCAUCAGGGAUAUGCUACUGUCGGGGAGCAGCUUCAACUGGCCUUACAUGUCCAUCCAGUGCUCCUAGAGCCCGGCCCGCACCCCCCCCGGCAGAGACGCGGCGGAGCGGCGGAGGCGGGAGCGCUCGCAACCGAGGGGCAGUCGGGGUGCGGGGAGGGGAGGGGGUGUGUGUGCGUGUGUGUGUGUGUGAGGGGGUGGGGGGGGGCCGUGGGAGGGAGAGGGGGGGGACAGUGAACAAAAGAAAGGGCCGAGUAGGAGCAGAGGUGUGGCCGUGGUGGGGAGAAGGACGGACCUCGCGUCCGUGGAGGUUGUGGUGUUUCGCGCCUUUUUUUUUUUUUUUUUUGGCCUUUUUUUUGGGGGGGUGGGGUUGGUUUUUUUUUUUGUUUUGUUUUGUUUCUUUUUCCCGGAGAGGAGGGGGGGGGGGAAAUAAAUAAAUAAUAAUAAUAAAAGAGGCAAAAAAGCAAAAAAAAAAAAUUAAAAAAAAAAAAAAAAAAAAAAAAAUAUGAGUAUUGAGGGGAUAUUAAUCAAACCUGAAGGGGAUACUGGAUCUUCCAGGAUUUAUUGUGGACUGUUGUUGAUAUAUGCUGUACAGUAACAAACAAAACAAAACGCGUUGAAACUGAACUGAACCUUGUGUAGAAUGAAAAACAAACAAGCAAACAAACAAACAAAAAAAAUUCCACGCGCAAACACUUACCACGAGCAUUGUUACUCAUUUUGUAAAAUAUUAGUCUUUAUUUUCAUUUUUUGUAAAACUUAAAACAUCGUAUGCGCAUAAAGGAAAAAAAAAAAGAAACGAGAAUUAGGGGAAAAUAACAUUUUCCAAAUAAUUAUAAAAAAAAUUGUCCUGUGUCUAUGUAUCUAUAUCUGUUUUGUAUUUUUUUCUGGUUCCAAACCAGGUUUCCUGUGAUUCUAUACUAAUAAUUUUUGAUAUAACCCUUUGCUUCUUAUAAUGAGUGCGAUAUAUGUUGUCGAAGCUGUUCUUCAAGAAUUAAAAUUGAAGUGAGAAUUUAAACAAAAAUAAAAGAAUUUAGCAAAAAAAAUCAACUUAUCACCCCACAACCCAUGAGUCUUGUUGCUUGAAACAUGCCAACAGUUCACCAAAAAAAACCCCAACAACAACAACAACAAAACAACAACAACAAAAAAAAACAACAAAAAAACAACGAAACAAAAAAAAAAAAAAAGGACAAAAAAAACCUCCCUGGACUUUUAACUCCUGUACUGGUGUUAAAAGGGAGAAGCUAAAAAAUACUUGUGAGGGGUAACCAAGUUGUGUAAACCACGUGAUGUUCCAAAACUGACUUGACCGUGUAAGCUUAGGGCUGAGCUGUCGAGGCCUAGGAAGAGGGAGCGGGAGGCACGGCGCGAUGCCGUCGGUGACCUCGCCUUGCUGGGGCUGCGCAGCAGACCCUCCACCAAGGCUGAUGGGCCUGUCAUGCUGGCCUACCCUUUUUUGACACACCUUUUCCCAUCAGCUGGAGUUUCUGCCAAGUUCACACCUUGCUGCUUGCUCUUAGGCACCAUGGGCAUGGAUUGAAGUCACCGUAUGCCACCGUUGCUGCGCGCGCGGUGGGAGGCAUACUGUACGCAUGGGUCCCGCUUGUUGCAGGCAUGGUGGCUUUUUGCUUUUGGGGGCUUGGGGUGGGUGGGUUUUUCUUUGCUUCUUUUCUCUUCUUUUCCACCCCAAGGGCUCGCAGACCCCAGCGUGUGCUCCGACGUGCACGCCUUGCGCUUGCUGUCAGCCAAAACAUCCCUCUCGCUGUUUCUCCUGACUCCAGUCGCUGCGCGUGGAGGGUAUUCCCAGCCCAUUAAUAUAGAAAUCCAACUGGAUGCUUGCUCGUUGGGUGGCGAGCCAGCGUGUUUCGUGUCUGUGCUCGCCUGCCAUGGCCACGCGCAAAACACGGGCUGUGGCCCCCCCGCACCAUGGCUGCCCACCGCAGGGGCCCGAGCUCUGUGCCAAAAGCCCCGCUUCUUUUCGGCUCGUCCUUUUUUGCAAAGAAAAUUAAAAAUCGUUUCUGUAAUGGAGCUCCUUUGAAGGUAAAGGCUUCACAAUGCUUCUAGCUGGUGGUGCAGAUCUCUGUAACAGCUUUCAGUGCAUUAAUGUUUUAUAGGAUCUGAGACGGAGCUGUAAGAACACAUACUACCAAGGGAGCUCUUUCUUAACGUAUUAAUAAAGCUGGAUCUUUAAAAAUAACAUUCCCCCCCGCACGCAGACACCUCCCGUGCCCUCCAAACAAGCCCGGAUGAGGCAGGCUUUUCAGUUUGUGGAGUCAUGGGCAAUGUUUUCCUUUUAAUUUGCUGUCCUCCAUACUCUCCUUCUCCCUCUCCCCCCCACCCCUCCUCUCUCUCUUUCUUUUUUUUUUUUUUUUUUUGCAUUAACAAGAUCCUUCAAUCCAACCCGCUUGGGGUUUUUAAUAUUCUAGGCGCAGCAGAUCCGAGGCGAGAGCAGCUCUAUACAGUAGGCACUUAUAGCUGGAUAAUCAACAUUGCGGGCAGAUCCUCUAUGGGGGCAGAGCCCCAAUUCAGGAUGGAGAAGCGGCCUGUAUUCAUAGGUGCUGGGUGGGGGCACAGGGGGGAACGGAUGAUUUCAGACCUGGGCACACAAGGACGGGAAUUAGACAGACAGACAGACAGACACCCUCCCUUUUCUCAGUCGCAUGGACACUGCAUAGGCGACAGCUUUGUUCCUCACCCUGGUUGCCUUUGCCGGGCAGAGGGGGUCCAGCAGCCCCUACGGGCUGCCAGUGGGGAGCGAGUGGGGAUGCUCAGCCCCCCAAGAGGUGCUGAAGAAGCUCUUCAGCAUUGCUUUUUGGUGGGAUGGGUGACUGGGGACCCAGCUGGAUUAGCAGUUAAAAACAGAAACAAACAAGCAAACAAACAACAAAAAAAACCAAACCAAAAAAAAAACAACCCACAAAACAAAAAAACCCAAAAAAACAACAAAACAGCAAAAAAAAAACCAACAAAAAAAAUAAACCAAACAAAUGGGGAUAUCGGAAGAGAAAGACAGGUCUCGGUUUCUUCCAAUGAGAUGUAAAUAUAUUCAUUACAGUGUUAUCCCACUGAUGAAAACAGAUAAACUUUUUCGUAGGUCAGAAACGUAUUUUUCAAUUAAUUUUCAUAUUUAUGAAUAAUAAUAACCCACCGAUUGCCAAGAAACUUGCAGGUGUAGAGGAGGUGUACGAGAUGCACUUAUUUCCAUGUAUGUGCCUAGAAAGAAGUGUUUCAAUCCCUUAUUAAACUUUGCUUAUAAGA